CUGCUAAAGUCAAACUUCAGUCAAUACUCAAAAAUUACAAAAAUAAAAACAAUAAAUUACAAAGAAAGGAAGAAAAUAAUAUAAUUAUUCAUGAGAAGCUAGAUUAAAAGUGCGAUUCAUCAUGAAUGAAAUUGACGACAAAUUCUACUAUGUGUACAGUUCCUCUUUGGAUCACAAGCUCGAAAUCAAAAUUGGAACAUUGGAAGGCAAACGGCAGAAGCCAGAAUAUGACAAAUUGUUGUCGGACCCCAUGCUGAAGUUCUCCGGUCUGUAUCAGGAAGGGUGCUCGGACCUGUAUGUCACAUGUCAAGUGUUGAACGAUGGUGUACCACUAGCUCUGCCCGUGACUACUUCGUAUAAGGCCUUCACCACUCGCUGGAACUGGAAUGAGUGGGUGACACUGCCAGUGUUCUACAGUGACCUGCCACGGAAUGCGAUACUUGCGAUGACCAUCUACGAUUGUGCAGGGCCAGGCAAGGUGAUGGUGGUUGGUGGGACCACUAUAUCACUGUUCGGGAAACAUGGCAUGUUGCGACAGGGUAUGUUCGACUUGCGCGUGUGGCCCGGAGUAGAGGGAAGUGAGAAGACUCCGGGCAAGGCCCCGGACCGCGGCAAGGAACAGAUGCAGAGGCUGGCCAAGCUGGCGAAGAAACACCGCAAUGGACAUAUACCUAAGGUGGACUGGCUGGACCGACUGACGUUCCGUGAGAUAGAGAUGAUCAACGAGAAGGAGAAGCGCAGCUCCGACUACAUGUACCUGAUGAUAGAGUUCCCAGCGGUGCAGGUCGACGGGAUUGACCACGCGGUGGUGUACUACGAGCAGGAUGGCGACGAGAUGUACCAGUUCCGCGCGGAGGCCGACAUCGUCACCGUGCCCGACCACGAGAUACUGCAGGAGAACCUAGUCGAAGCAAAACAACACCGCCUAGCCCGCUCUCUCCGCUCGGGCCUCUCCGGCCGAGACGCCAAACCCACGGCCACGGAGCGCGACCAGCUCGCGUCCAUAGUGGCGCUGCCCCCGGGCCGGGCCCUCGCUGCUGAUGAACAGGACCUGCUGUGGAAGUUCCGCUUCUACCUGUGCGAGCAGAAGAAGGCGCUGGCCAAGUUCCUGGAGUGCGUCAAUUGGAAUAGACAAGGCGAGGUCCGUCAAGCUCUCGCCAUGAUGCAGCAGUGGGCGCCCAUGGACGUGGAGGACGCGCUCGAGCUGCUCUCGCCCAAGUUCACACAUCCGGCCGUCAGGAAAUACGCGAUAUCCCGUCUCAAACAAGCCCCCGACGAAGACCUACUGCUGUACCUGCUGCAACUGGUGCAAGCGCUCAAGUACGAGGACUGGCGCGAGAUACACCUCGAGUACAUAAAGCUGUCUGGCGGCAAGGAGCCCACGUUCACCGACGUGGAGUUCAAGCUGCCGGGCGGCGCGCGCGGCAGCCAGGCCAGCCUACUCUCCGCCACCAGCAUCCCAGCAGAGAUGUCGUCGUCGACGCACAGCGCUCGCUCGGCGGACGAGUUGGUCGACGACCGCGCAGAAAGCGCUCUGGCUGACGCGGAGGGAUACGAGUAA